UCAGCUGCGGGGCGGAGGCGGUGGAGAGGCCUGCGGCAGCAGGGAGCGGCUGGGCCGGGAGCGGGCGCCGGAGCCGAGCCGAGCCGGAGCGGACGGCGCAGGCCGGCGCGGCGAGCAGCAACCAUGUCGGUAUUUGGGAAGCUGUUCGGGGCGGGAGGGGGAAAGUCUGGCAAGGGCGGCCCGACCCCCCAGGAGGCCAUCCAGAGGCUGCGGGACACGGAGGAGAUGCUAAGUAAAAAGCAAGAAUUUCUGGAGAAGAAGAUCGAGCAGGAGCUGACGGCCGCCAAGAAGCACGGCACCAAAAACAAGCGUGCGGCCCUCCAGGCACUGAAGCGCAAGAAGAGGUAUGAAAAGCAGCUGGCACAGAUUGACGGCACACUAUCAACCAUCGAGUUCCAGCGAGAGGCCCUGGAAAAUGCCAACACCAACACCGAGGUGCUCAAGAACAUGGGCUAUGCCGCCAAGGCUAUGAAAGCUGCCCACGACAACAUGGACAUCGAUAAAGUUGAUGAGUUAAUGCAGGACAUUGCUGACCAGCAAGAACUCGCAGAGGAGAUUUCAACAGCUAUUUCAAAACCUGUAGGGUUUGGAGAAGAGUUUGAUGAGGAUGAACUCAUGGCAGAAUUAGAAGAACUAGAACAGGAGGAACUAGACAAGAAUUUGCUGGAAAUCAGUGGACCUGAAACAGUCCCUCUACCAAAUGUUCCCUCUAUAGCUCUACCAUCAAAACCCACCAAGAAGAAGGAAGAGGAAGACGACGACAUGAAGGAAUUGGAGACCUGGGCUGGAAGCUUUAAUUAACUGGUCCAUUGCAAGCUGGGCCCAGACAGACUCUGGUGACCUGCAAAUGGGCAGGCAUUUGCGUGUGCAGGGCAGGCAGGACGUGGUGCAGGCAGGUUCCAUCGCUCUCGAAUCUCCCUCCAAAGCAGUAGGGCUGCAUCACUGCUCACUCUGCAUAGCAUGGUCUGUACCCAGCGGGGUGGGCGGGGUUAAGG